GCGAUCUGUGACGUGAAUGACGCUGAGAGUAUCGCGAGAUAACGCGGGAUGAAAAUGGCUGCUGUUAAACUACAGAAGAGUGUCGUGAGUCAGGCUGGAAAACACACUGCUUCUGUCAUCUUUCUUCACGGCUCAGGAGACACAGGGCCAGGUUUGCGCAGGUGGGUUUAUGAUGUAUUGGAACAAAACCUGGCAUUUGAACACAUCCGGGUGAUUUAUCCCACAGCGCCAGCCAGGCCGUACACACCCAUGCGAGGGGCUCAGUCUAACGUGUGGUUCGAUCGUCACAAGAUUUCCCAGGACUGCCCAGAACAUUUGGAGUCUACAGAUUCCAUGUGUGAUCAUUUAAGCGCCAUUGUCCAAGAGGAGAUCCGAGCAGGAAUCCCGAAACACAGGAUGGUUAUUGGUGGCUUUUCGAUGGGUGGUGCCAUGGCAUUACACCUGGUUUGCAGGCACCACCAGGAUGUGGCUGGCAUCUUCGCUCUGUCCAGCUUUCUUAACAAAGACUCCGUUGUAUAUAAGGCAGUAGAAAAUGCAUCUCAACAGCCUCUACCUGAGCUGCUUCAGUGUCACGGCACAGCAGAUGAGCUGGUUUUCCACAGCUGGGGCGAGGAGACCAACUCACUGUUGAAGAAAGCUGGCCUCAACACGUCUUUCCAUUCCUUCCCAGACCUCAACCAUCAGUUGUGUCGACAAGAACUGGAGUUACUGCGCUCCUGGAUCCUGAAGAAACUUUCCCUUUAGACCAUUAUUAAUGCUGGACAAUGACCACUGCUUCCCUAUAUCCAACAAUAAUCACCAUGUACUGUACUCUCACUCAUGUUGUCACAAGAUGCCAUUUUAUUAGUGUGUGUAUAUAUACAUACAACAACAAGUGUGCAGUAUACACUACCAUUUUUGAAAGUAUACUUUUAUGCUAGUCAAGUCUGAGUUUAUUUGACCAAAAAUACGGUAAAAUCAGAAAUAGGUUUGCAAUUUAAAAUAACUGUUUUCUAUUUGAAUAUAUUUUAAAAUGUCAUUAUUCCUUUGAUAAAAGCUGAAUUUUCUGCAUCAUUACUCCAGUCUUUAGAAAUCAUUCUAAUAUGCUGAUUUUCUGCUCAAGAAACAUUAUUAUCGAUCAGUCAAUAAAGUUUCAUGGAAACAGUGAUACAUUUAUUUUUAGCAGUUUAUUUGACAGCGUUUAUUUGAAUCUUUUGAUCAAUUGAAUGCAUCCUUGCUGAAUAAAAGUAUUAAUUUCUUUCAAAAAGAAAAACAAAACUACAAUCGCUCUUUAUAUACAGUGUUUAUACUGUAAGUGAAUCUCCAAAACAAGAAAAAUGAUAAUAACAUAAUAUUUAGGGUGAGUAAAUGACAGAAUUCAACUAUUACUUUUAAAUGAUCUGCUUAUUUGACUCCGAAUAAACUGUUAUGUUUCUUCUUUUCCAACUUUGUCCAUUGCACCUGCUGGAACUAAUGCGUUCAGUGUGAAAAAUCUGCAGUUUUUGCAACCAUCCACAUGCUUAAUCAGAGUUAAUAUAGCUGUAUAAACCUUGAUUCACCAGCAUGUGUUCCACCUCACAAAGACUCUACUUAUUGUGCACAUUUCAUUGCCUGUAGCGCUAACCACUUUAAAGUGUUCAGUGGAGCACAUUCUGCAGGCUGUGAUGACUGUUCCAUGGAGUCUGGUUUGGCUGUAGAGCCUGUGGUCAGGCUGAAGCGGCAGGUAGAGCCAUCACACCGGAGGGGAGGAAUGCCACACGGCUCUGUGGUUUGGAGCCGGAAUCCGGUCUGUUUGGCACAGUCUUGUUUCCUGCAGAGCGAGGUAUCUCUCACUCCUGUUCUACCCGUUUUUUCCCUCCACACCAUUAUUGCUCGGCAUGAAAUCUGCUGUACAUGUGUUUGGAGGUUCGCUCAAACAGUAGCUUCAUUAAUGGUUAUUGGGAGGAAGUGGUUAGCAGGUUUUAAAGUCCUGUGGAUGUAGUGAGGCUACAGUCCAGUACCAACAUGCACCGUCUGGACACUGAGAAUGACUUACCGACAGCGCAAAAAUACCUUAAUUCAUCAAAGAUACUGCAAAUGUCAUUUGUAAUGGGCACAGUGAGAAUAUACACUUCCAGUCAGGAGUGCAAAGACUCAUUCUUUACUAGGACUAUUUUCCACAUGCUAGAAUAAUUGUAGUCAUCAAAAGUAUGAAAUGGCACAAAUGGAAGUAUGGGAAUUAUGUAGUGACCAAAUUUCCCAUAUCUGAGCUUUUUCUUUGAAUUCCAGCUGUGCUCACAUUGGAUACAAUCUCAAA